AUGCGCGCGUUCUCCCACAUUGCUGACCUCGUUGCUCGAAAUGCAGAAAUACUUCAAAUACCCCAAGCUAGCGAUCCCGUGCGGUCGUCUCAAGGCGAGAGAUUUGUAACAUCAUACAGUUGCAUCUCAGACCUUCUCGCUAAGGAUCUCUUUGUCCGCAAGGACCCCUCCAAAGGCGUGAUCCGGGAUCUAUACUAUAACGGAAGUGGAGAUGCAGAACUGAUGGACUACCGGAAGGUCUCCGUCAUUGAUUUCCUGGAGUACCUAUUUGACCAGACGUUCUGGUCGAGGACAGUUGAGGAGGCCAAGGCAACUUUUCAGCAUGUUUACAUCAAUUUCUCGCACUGGGUAAGCAAGCUUCGAGGCAUUGCGACUGUUAAUUCCAAGAUUAUCACUCUGUAUAGUGCUAGAUGCAGCGCCAAAGAGUGGACUUCGCGACGCUGGCAUCGCACAAGCGCGGUCCAAUGCUGUCACCUGCAGCCGCUCGUCGACAAGAUGAUUCCCAUCUAUUUUGACGAUCCUGCCCUCAGCUCCGGCGAUCUAAACCGUGUCUCACAGAUGUUUGUUUCCGACAAAGCGGGGAAGAAUUACCACGAACAAAACUUGAAGUUGGUCACUCGCACGCAUGAUUCGAUCCAGUGCCUAUCGGAUCUCCCCUACAUCGCUCUUCUCCUCGACCUCAAUGUGGAACCAAGGCUUAACGUUACAUUCCCGCAGAAUGAGCCACAUCCUGUUGAAACGGACCGCUGUCUGCGGAUCUACGCUUCUUGAAUAAGUGAAACUAUAUUUCCAUUCUUGAGCCAACAU